GCCCAGUAGCGGAAACGUCAUGAAGUGACAGCAGACAGCAGCAGCUCGUGUGAGUUGAGCGCUGCAGCCGCACCGUUUCCCCUUCGAGCACCGAGGCGGAUAUCGCAACCGAGAGAGAGAGCCAUCGGACCAAAUCCAGUGCCCGUGUGGUCGAUCAGACCUCCGAUUCCCGGCCUAGCCAUGGACGAGCAGGCGGGCCCUGGUGUGUUUUUCAACAACAAUAACAAUUCGGUUCUUCCCGGAGGAAUGAAAGCGCCACAACCGGGCGACGGCGGCGGCGGAGGAGAGGCGGCCCGAGCUCAGUACAGUAUCCCGGGGAUUUUACACUUUCUGCAGCACGAGUGGGCCCGUUUCGAGGUGGAGCGGGCGCAAUGGGAGGUGGAACGGGCCGAACUGCAGGCUCAGAUUGCGUUCCUGCAGGGCGAGAGGAAAGGCCAGGAAAACCUGAAGAAAGACCUGGUGAGACGGAUUAAGAUGCUGGAGUACGCUCUAAAACAAGAAAGGGCAAAACACCACAAGCUGAAAUAUGGAACAGAACUCAACCAGGGUGACAUGAAACCACCCAGUUAUGACUCAGAUGAUGGCAAUGAGAAUGAGGCUCUUCCUGAACCGCCCAACAGUCAGCUGAGUUGGAAACAGGGCCGACAGCUGCUGAGACAAUACCUACAGGAGGUCGGGUACACAGACACCAUACUGGAUGUGAAGUCUCAGCGAGUCAAAGCUCUGCUCGGACUGACGGGAGACAGCGGGGAAAGACCCGGAGACCAGAGACAGGAACCCAUGGUGAACGGAACAGAAGUGUCCUCACUAAAGGACAGCACUAACACCAUGAUCGGCAAACCAGAGAUGUCCGACUCCACCACGGUACUCGAAGCCUUCAAGUUCAUAGAGAAAGCGGCUGCAGAGUUUAGUGACGAAGAUGAGGACGAAGAUAGUGAGGGACAAAACAAAACCAUCGUGGACCUCGCCACCAUGGUGAGGAGGAAGGUGUCUCCGUCCCCCUCCUCUUCCUCAGCAGAUAUGAGUGAUGAUCUUGACACCGAUGAAGUUCUUAAAGGUUUUGAUUUUCUGGCUAACAAUGAGGACAUGGAGGGUCAGACUGAAGCGCCCCCUGCUGGAGAUCGAGCAGAUUGGGAGAAGGAAGAGUCGUGGGACGUGGAUGAGGGCCUGAUCUCUAAACUCAAGGAACAAUACAAGAAGGAACGCAAGGGCAAGAAAGGGGUGAAGAGACCCAACAGGUGUAAACUCCAGGACAUGUUGGCUAAUCUCCGUGAUGCUGAGGAUCUGUCAUCCAUUCAGCCUCCGGUGGCGCCCCCUGUUCGUCCGAGUCUCCCCCGCCUCAACGAUCACCCGCUGGGCCGCACGGAUGAGGUUGAAGCCUUGACGUUUCCACCGUCCUCUGGAAAGUCAUUUAUUAUGGGAACGGAUGAGGCUCUGGAGAGUGAACUGGGUCUCGGAGAACUCGCUGGUCUCACCGUGGCCAAUGAGGCUGAGAAUCUCUCUUAUGAUAUCACCAAUAACAAAGAUGCCCUGCGCAAGACGUGGAACCCAAAGUUCACGCUGAGGAACCACUUUGAUUCCAUCCGCGGUCUGGCGUUUCACCCAGUGGAGCCCGUCCUGAUCACUGCAUCUGAAGAUCACACGCUGAAGAUGUGGAACUUACAGAAAACUGCCCCAACCAAGAAAUGUGCAGCUCUCGAUGUGGAACCCAUUUACACUUUCAGGGCUCACAGAGGUCCGGUUCUAUGUGUGGUGAUGAGUUCUAGUGGAGAUCAGUGUUUUAGUGGUGGUUUAGACGGAACCAUUCAGAGCUGGAACACUCCCAAUCCAAACAUCGACCCCUAUGAUUCAUAUGACCCAUCUGUGCUGCGGGGGGCGCUGUGUGGUCACACAGAUGCUGUGUGGGGAUUGGUCUACAGCUCGGCUCAUCACCGGCUGCUGUCGUGCUCGGCGGACGGGACGGUGAGACUGUGGAACGCAGCAGAUACGUCGCCCGCCAUUACAGUCUUCAAUGAGAAUAAAGAAAUGGGUGUGCCAUCAUCUGUGGAUCUGGUGUGCAGUGAUCCGGCUCACAUGGUUACUGCGUUCAGUAACGGCAGGAUGGGCAUCUUUAACAUGGAGACCCGACAGCUGGUUCUGGAGCUGGAGUCCCAGUCGGCCGGCAAACCUGAUGCACCGUGUCAGAUCAAUAAAGUUCUCAGUCAUCCCACGCUGCCAAUAACCGUAACGGCACAGGAAGAUCGCCACAUCCGUUUCUUCGAUAACACCACAGGUAAGCUGAUUCACUCGAUGGUGGCCCAUCUGGAUGCUGUGACCAGUCUGGCUGUAGAUCCCAAUGGACUUUAUCUGAUGUCUGGAAGUCACGACUGCUCCGUGCGUCUCUGGAACAUGGAGAGCAAGACGUGUAUUCAGGAAUUCACGGCUCACAGGAAGAAGUUCGACGAGUCUAUUAACGAUGUGGCGUUUCACCCCACCAAGUGCUACAUCGGCAGCGCGGGAGCAGACGCCCUCGCCAAAGUGUUCGUAUGACCUUUCACCUCUGACCAAAACUGCUUCCACGGAGUCGUAGGGGCAGUGAGGCAUGAACGUGGACCCAGAGCGGGACACGGGACGGUAAACGAGGGGUGAGACGUUGUUUUGAGGAAUGAAUGGCGGUGUCGUGGCGGCAGAGGAAGUAGAAUAAUCUCGUCCCCAUAAACCCCUGACCGCGUCCGUCUCAUCUGGGCAGGCCUGGGUGCGUGACGGCAGAUAAACCGCUGCCCUUCACGGAGGAACGCCAGAGGAACGCCUCUGCACCCAACAUCUCUGACACUCCUCUCCGCAGACCGCGGGUCUCUCUUCAGCCUCAUAGGACGCUGUGUGCUUCCCCACACUUUUUGUUUUUGUCUGUUUCUCUUUUGACCCGAGCGUGAGCAUUGGUUCGAAUUGCGCGUCACUUUUUGUGAUUUCUGCCUUUCUGGUUUCGUCUUGCAUUUUCUUAUUUUAAAACCAUGUGCCUUUAGCUUCAGACACAGUCUUGAGAUUGUCUUUGUUUUCUUCAAAGAGGGGACAGCGUAAUGUACCAAAUACAUCCAGAUCUGACUCGAGCGAUUUUAACGUAGAAACGAUGUAAAUUCUCUCAUACAGCGAGUGUAUUUUUGAGGCGACACUGGAGUUAGAUACACACUAAAUGUAUCCAACACAAAAUGACUAAUAAUCCUGCAUCAUUUAAGUGUUUCUCAAGAAUUGAUGUAGUCAUGAAAUCCCAUCCAGGUGACAUUUUCAAUGUGCUUAUCCUUCAGAAACAUGAUGUAACCGUUCUCAGUGGUAGGUUUUGUUUAAUUUAUGCAAAAUAUAAUUUUAUCUGAAUUAACUCUUAAACUUCAUACAGCGUUAUGUUGAAUAAAUAUUUAAGCUUUUUUUAAUGUUUUAUGAGCUCACACUGUUACACUUGACUUGAUCUUUUUUUUUUAAAGAUGGGCAUUUGUGAUGCGAUCACUCUUAUGUUGUGUUGUACCAACAAACUUUAAGACCUGAUUAUCUCCGAUAUAAAAUCUUGUGACUAGAGUUAGAUCCGUUCUCCAAUAUUUGUUGUUUUUGAAUUACAAACGGUGAAUUCAUUAUGCAGAAGUCUUAUAAUAGCUUGAAUGUCUUUGGGUUUUUGACAAACUGUACUCGCAGUACAAUGAUUCAAAAUUUAUAUUUGUCAGAUGUUUAACAAAAUCUGUUGUGGUGUUUAUUUAUAUUUUUGCUUUUUUGCCAUUUUUGCCUUUAAAGCCAAAUGAACUAGACUUUAGCGUUAAACUUUAGGAAGAGUCGAGCGGCACACUUGUAAUACAGAGAUGUAAAGAUGAUGUAAUAUUUGGGUUUGGAGACUAUAGAGUAUAUUAACAGAGGCCGAUAAACUCCACGCUUUCCUUUAGUUUGAAGAUGACUUACUUCUGCUCAUGCUGAUCUUCUCUACCUGUGUCUAUCAGUGAUGAGUUACGUUUAGAUGAUGAGAUUAUUUAAAAUUAUAUUUUAUAUAGAAACUGAUAACAGUGAUGUUUUUUCUCAUUGUUUGAUUGGUGACUGAGGUUGCAGAUAGAUUGAGACUUAAGUUUAAUGCAGGAUGAGGUUUUUAUUUGAUUUUUUUAUUCGUCUGUGAUUACUUGAAAUAUCUGAGUGUGAGUGUAUGUGUGUGUGUGCGUGUAUGCGUGUGUGUUUUCAGAGAUGUUCUGCUCUAAUCGGGUGAAUGGUUUCACCUUUAACUGAUAACAUGAGCACUACAGAACAACUGAGUGUUUGUGGGGUUUUUUCUUCAGGUCUGUAAAUCCUGAUGCAUGGGAAUCACGGCUUUAAAGGAAUAAUUCAUCCCAGAUUUAGUUUUAGCAUCAUUUAUUUGCUCUCAUUCUAAAUCCAAUAUUCAUUUUUUAUUGGAACAGAGCACAAAAGGGGUGGAUUAAACUGAAGUGCUACAAAAGAAUCAUGAAUCAUAUAUGCAAAGUGAAUCAGUAUGAUUCAUAAGCUUCAUUCACACUGCAAAAAAUGACUUUUUUAUUUUUGUCUUGUUUUCAGUACAAAUAUCAAAAAAUUCUGAUGAUUUUACUUGAUGAGCAAAAUUACUUAAGAAAAUAAAUGUUCUUUUUAGACAAAAAAAUAUACAAUUUAAGUGAAUUUGUGCUUAAACAAACAAAAGAAUCUGCCAAUGGUGUAAGCAAAUUUUUCCUUUAAUUUUUCUUGAAUUCAGGCCAAGAUUUUUUUCUUACCCUAUUGGCAGAUUUGUUUUGCUUGUUUUAUGCACAAAUUAACUUAAAUUUUAUGUUUUUUGUCUAAAACUAGACUUUUAUGUCAUUUUGCUCAUCAAGAACACUGCAAAAAAUUAUUUUCAAGAAAAACUUUUCUUAGUAUUUUUGUCUUGUUUUCAGUAAAAAAAUAUCUAAACAUUCUUAAAUUAAGAUGAUUUUUCUUGAUGAGCAAAAAACACAAGAAAAUAAGUCUGGUUUUUAGACCAAAAAUAUCAAAUUUAAGUGAUUUUGUGCAUAAAACGAGCAAAAAAAUCUGCCGAUGGGUUAAGCUAAUUUUUCAUGAAUUUAGUAUUUAAGAAAAAUGUUCAAGAUUUUUUUGCUUACCCCAUUGGCAGAUUUUUUUGCUUGUUUUAUGCACAAAAUCACUUAAAUUUGAUAUUUUUGGCCUUUAAAACUAGACUUCUUGGGUCAUUUUGCUCAUCAAGAAAAAGCAUCUUAAUUUAAAAAUUUGUAGAUAUUUUUACUAAAAACAAGACAAAAAUACUAAGAAGUUUUUCUAGAAAAAAAAUUUUUUGCAGUGAAAACGCAUCUUGGAUUUGAGAAUUUUUUAUAUUUGUACUGAAAACAAGACAAAAAAACUAAAUAAAGUCAUGUUUUGCAGUGCUCACUCUUCAUAAAUACUGGAUAUUGAACUAUGCGAGUAAAUGAUGCUCAGACAGCAAACGACUCUGGGCCAGAUCCAUGCCGAAGUCAGCAGAUGUGGUGCAGAUCCGGCCUGGAGUCAUUUGCUGUCUGGGUGCUGAGAUGUUGAACAUUAUUUGUUUGAACGAUUUCUUUACAUUCAAAGCAUGUUUGAUUUUAAACUCGUGCACAGGGAACUGGUUUGGGAAGAUAGUAAAGAACAGUGUGUGUGUGCGUGUGUGUGUGUGUGCUUGAGUGAGUGUUUGUGUUUUCGUACAAGUAAAUAUAUUUUCAGAUUUUGUUCGAUUCGGUGCGUAUUAAUUUUAGAUAUAUAAGAGAAUCUAAAGUGUAUAGUUUUAAAGUAUUGAUCAACAAUCUAUUUAUGAGUACAGAAUACAGUGUAUAUUAACCUGCAAAGCUAACAGUGAAGAUUAACCAAUAUUUGUGAUCCUUGUUGUGCAGGAGAGUGUAGUUAGCGCCACCUGCUGGUCAGAGAUGGGACCUGUAUAGCUGAUGAGAUUUGAUUUGGUUACCAGUCGAUUGAAAUGCUUUAGUAAAAGUCCACACAAACGAGACGCUAGACGUGUGUGUGUGUGUGUGUGUGUGUGUGUGUGUGUGUGUGUGUGUGUGUGUGUGUGUGUGUGUGUGUGUGUGUGUGUGUGUGUGUGUGUGUGUGUGUGUGUGUGUGUGUGUGUGUGUGUGUGUGUGUGUGUGUGUGUGUGUGUGUGAGUGUGUGGUCUGCUCUUAGAGUCAGCUGGAAAAAUUUAAGGGAAAUUAAGUGGGUGGAUCUUGACCUGCAUGCAGUCACUUCACUUGUGAUUGGACAGAUGGGAUGAUGAUGUCAUAAUGGGAAAUUUGCAGUCUGGAUAUUGCCUGUAUAAACUGUCACUGAACUUUUAACCAUUCGGUUGUAUAGAGAGUUUGGAAAGAUUGUGUUAAUAAAUGCUAUACUCCUCUUGUAUAUAUUUUAUUAUUGAUAUUACAGUUUGUUCUUUAUUUCCUGUUGUAUUCUUUUUUUCCCAGAUGGACAUUUAUCAAUAUAAUACAAUAAUAAAAGAAUAUGUUGAAUUUCA